GGAACAGCAUGGAGGCAGGUCUUCCAUGAAGCUAACCUAAGCCAGCUAGCUAACAAGUCAGCCUCCCAAACAUUGCCAAGAACAUGACCUGUUCUUAAUAGACAACGACAGCAAGAGCAAGGAUACCAGAAGCUGAUUCUUUGGCCUUGGUCGAUUGGAUUGCAGAGCCAAUUAGCUAGGUAGCAGUGAUGGCGGCGCAUUUGCCGUCUUUCUGUUCUCGUCAUGCCAGCAUGGCGGUGGCGGCGGCGCUGAUGAUUGUAAUGGCGACGGAGGCUCCGGCAGGCGUGGCGCUGCUGAAGGACGACAUUGGAUUCAUGUGGGGCCCGGACCACAGCUUCUUCUACGACGACGGCAACGCGCUCGCGCUGUGCCUGGAGAAGUCCCACGGCUCGGGGUUCCGCUCCAACGCCGCCAACCUCUACGCCCGCUACGACAUCGACGUGAAGCUCGUCGCCAACGACUCGGCCGGCACCGUCACCACGGUCUACCUGACGACGGACGACGUGCGGCCGGGGUACCAUGACGAGGUGGACAUGGAGUUCCUGGGCAACGUCACCGGCGAGCCGUACACGCUGCACACGAACAUCUUCGUGAACAGCGUCGGCAACCGCGAGCAGCAAUUCCGGCUCUGGUUCGACCCCACCAAGGAAUUCCACACCUACUCCGUCGAAUGGACGCCCAAGAACAUCAUAUUCCUCAUCGACGGCACGCCGAUCCGCGUGUACAAGCACGAGCCCUCGCUCGGCGGGACGUUCCCGACGCAGCGGCACAUGCGGCUGGACGGGAGCCUGUGGAACGCCGACGACUGGGCGACGCAGGGCGGCCGCGUCAAGACGGACUGGACGCGUGCUCCCUUCUACGCCUACUACCGCAACUUCCGAGUCACGCCGUGCGCGCCGUCGUCCCCGUCUGGCGUCGCGUCGUGUAGCGAUGAGCCGCCGGCGCCAGCGGUGCUGCAAAAGGUGCGAGCGGAGCAUCUGCUCUACGACUACUGCGAGGAUCAGAACCGGUUCAAGGACACGGGGCUCCCUAAGGAAUGUACCGCAGACUAGAUGAAGCCCUACCAAUUAAUAGUGUGAUUAGACAUGGGCAUAGUUCAUCGAAACAGAGAAAUCGAUCCGAAAUCAAAACCAAAAGAAAUGAUAUACGGAGUACAUGAAUUAUGAUUCACUUGUAUUGUAUAACUAUAUUUCAUUUAUGUCUGAUGUCUCACAUUGAUUUGCUAUGUAUUUAUUUACUGUAUUACUAUUAUUCUCUUAUCAAUUAUUGUUAUUUAAAAUA